AUGCUAAGAGCAGUCUGCCAGAAGGGUGGAGAAUUGUUUCCACUUCAAAUACUCACAGAACAUGUUAAGACAUGUGAAAUCGUCGUGGAGGAUGACGAUGAGGAGAAGGAUCAUAACAACAAUGAGAUCAGAGAUGUUGAUGAGCAGAAAGAAUCUGUUCAUCAACCCUGUCCAAUGUGUUUGGAAAUGUUCUCCCCAGAGUCCAUUAUUAUACAUGCUAGCUCAUGUGGCGAAAGUGCUGCACAUGAUGAUCUUAAUGUGAGCAAUCAUGGAAACGAGUCGAGGCGCAGUAGUGCUGAAGUUCCUGAUGAACAAACAAUAAGCCCAUCUACCUCUGUUUCAGUACAUCUGGAAGCAAACACAGAGAUCACUACGCUCUUUGAGGGAGAGGCUCAUUUGGUGCCAUCAUCGUCUCGAUUUCUUGUGGAAAGUGACCUCUUUGUAAUGGCAGGGAAGAUGUUGGGACAUUCAUUCAUUCAUGGAGGGCCAAGUUUAUCAGGCCUAAGCCCAGCUUUUGUACAUGUUCUGGUUGGAGGAAAUCCUGACACUGCAACUAUACAACUAAAUGACAUUCCUGACUUGGAUAUCCGUGAUACAAUCCAGCUUCUUGAAGGAGAAUCAAAAUUUUCAGAAGAAAAGAGCAGGGUGCAGAAAUUGGCCUAUGCCUGGGAUCUUCCUGGCAUUACAGACAUCAACCGUAGAUGGCUUUUUGAGGAUGCUUGUGAUUGGGCGAACAUCAUGACAAAUUAAGCAAAUGAGACGUGGCCUUAAAGACACUCCACUGUGGACAGUAUUGACCCAACAUCCAGACACAGUGCCUCUACUUUUUCCUCCUGAGUCAUCAGCAUGUAUCACUUAACAAAUUCUUCCGAGAAUUAUCUGGCCAAAUCAAAAGGACAGCGAUGAUUCAGACUCCAGAGUACCCAUUAGACGCCGUGUCGCAUCUCUGGAUACCUUCGGCACUUCAUAGAAAGUGCAUCACCUGAUGAAUUGAAAGGCCUCAAGUUCUGGACUGGGUGGGAAGUUAUACCCAGGGAGCUUACCUUUGAAAUCAUAAAAGGUAGCUUUACAACAGCAUCCACAUGUUUUGAGCUGCUCAGAAUCCUUGGACAUUACACUGACUUUGAGUCAUUUGAAAAUGAUUUACUUUCAUGCAUUGCCAUGUCACACUGGUUUUGGCCUUGUUUAGCUUCAAAGCUGUGUUCAUUCAAAUUUAACACCAGUGUUUGUUGCCAGUCCCUUGAUGUUUUAUUUCCACAUGUCAAAAAUGUUUUUUCAGCAUUAAAUCAUCCAAAGCUAUAUUUAGGUCAUAUUCAAGGUUAAAAUUUUUUGAUAUAGGCCAGUUUGUCCAUGUUUGUUUUCAUGGAUUUGAAUUGUUUAUACAAUUGGUCUUUAAUGAUCAUUCUUUGCAAAGGUUUGUUGAAGUCUUGUUCAAAAAGGCAACUUUGUUAAUGUAUGUGAUCUCAUGUAAUUUUUUCUUCAUGCAGUUCCUAAUUUUAGCAAUAAAUAUGGUCAAUUUGUGUAUUUGGUGUUAAUUGAUUAAUGCUUUAUAAACUUAGUUCUCAGAACAAAAGGAACUUUGUACUUAAGACUGCUUCAUCAUUACCUCUUCUAUCCCAAAAUGGCAUCUUACUAAAUGCAUUUAUUAAAAAAUAAAAAAUAAAGUUUAUUGGUAGUACCAUCAGAAUAAUUUUAAAAUGCCUUUGUAAAAUAGUUUGUAAAUAAAUAUACUUUAACAAACAGUAGCACCAUAGUCCCUGUGCAUGAAAAACAACAUUUAUAAAACUGUCAGUAUGCUUCUACAUACAACUGCAUCUGUAAAA